UGCCAGGCUUGCAGCAUCUGGGAAUCUGGAGGCCCCAACACACCACCUUAUCUGCCAACCCCAUCGACGAACAGUGUUGUUAGGUUCGAGAAACUUGAUGUCCUACAUAACAUGAAAAGGAUGAAUACAGAAGCAGGAGGUUGGGAGGCAAGCAGCAGCAUGGUGGAUUUAUGACAAUAAGAUAGCAAUCAGUAUCAGUGCCUGUCUGACAACAUCUUUGGUGCUCCACAAUCCGAUCCCAUAAUGAUGUCCAAUUUCUAUUGGCAAUCACUGAAAAGAGAAAAAGAAUAAUAGAAUCAGAGCCAUGCUUCCAUCCCCCGACCCAAAUGCCAGUCCAAAGAACGGGUCAGAGAGCUGGUAUUCUCUCUUUAAUCUUUAGUCUUCUUCUGGGAAGUGAGUGACUCUCACGUUCUCUCCAAUACUGCUCUCGAUAAAUCCAUGUUGUUUCAUCAUGUUCCUCUUGUCUCUUCUUGGGUUCCGAGCUAUCACGACGGAAGCAGGAAGCUGAAUCCCCUGCAUUUCUUCAUCACCGCUAUUUGUUCUUAGAUUCCAUCAUUUCCUUUGGCGGCAUCAUCUCUCUGUUUAGCCGGAUUCACCUGCUAACCUUGGUAUCUUAGUCUGCACAUCAUCGCAAGGUACCUUCCAAGUUGCCACCUUUUCGUGUUUAUUGCCGUUAUCCUCUCUUUUUCUCUGGUCCUAUUUCCUUUUGGUUUCUGAUGAGACUGCUGUGCUUCUGACCGUUAGUAGGUGGCUGGGAUUCUUUUCCCCUGCUUUCUGCUUCCUGGCUGACAUGUCUUUUGCCACCGGAGCUCUCUCCUGCUCGAAGAACAUGGGUUUGGAGCACAAGAUGGGGAAUGCUGAGAAAAAUGGGAUCUUGAUGGCUAGGGAAGGUGAAACGGAGGAGAACAGCGAGCGUAAGCAUGCUGGUAAGGAGGAGGAGAUCAACAGGCAGAUGAGCGAGACCUCCCUUUAUGCUACCGAGGAGGAAGAGGAAGAUGAUGAUGGGAAGGAUGGCAAACGGAUUGAUCUGGGACCUCAAGUCAGCCUCAAAGACCAGAUGGAGAAAGACAAGGAUGAUGAGAGCCUGAGAAGGUGGAAGGAACAGCUUCUGGGAAGCGUCGAUGUGAACUGUGUCGGAGAAACCUUGGAGCCCGAGGUUAACAUUCUGAGCCUUUCGAUCAUCUCUCCCGGAAGGCCUGACGUUGUCCUCCCACUUCCUGUGGCUCCGAACUCCAAGGGCGUGUGGUUUACCUUGAAGGAAGGUAGCCAUUACAGGUUGAAGUUUACCUUCUCCGUCAGCAACAACAUCGUCUCUGGUCUCAGAUACACUAACACGGUAUGGAAGACCGGCGUCAAAGUGGACCGAACAAAAGAGAUGCUGGGCACCUUCGGUCCUCGGCUUGAAUCAUACACAUACGAGACACCAGAGGAGACCACUCCCUCGGGUAUAUUUGCAAGAGGAUCAUAUGCUGCAAGGACCAAGUUCAUCGAUGAUGAUGGAAAGUGCUACCUGGAGAUGAACUACUCCUUCGACAUCCGUAGGGAAUGGCAACCGAUUAGCUGAAUAUAAGAUCAGUUCCAUAGAGAAAAGUCUGAUGCUUUUUGAGGCGACAAGUUCAUCAUCAGUGAUCAGUUUCAGAAAAAUCUUGUGAUUUCAGGAGGAGAUUGUAACAUUCUCAAUUUAGUCCCAUCUUAAUCUGCAGGAGGCAGUGGGUGUAUUAUCAUGUAUUCGAGUUUGAAUCAAAGUUAUGGCAAAGGAUGUGGCUCUGUCAAUCUAAGUUUGCCACUUGUAGUA